AUGUCCAGUGUGAUGGAGGCGGGAGGUCAGAGUGAGGGAGGAGGAGGCGGUCAGAGUGGAGGAGAGAGAGGUCAGCGUGUGGGAGGAGGAGGAUCAGAGUUUGAGGAAUACGGAGCCAGGAGGGAGGAGGUGAGGCUCAGAGAGUUAGGAGGGAGGAGGAGGUCAGAGGGUAGUGUGGAGGGGAAGGAGGUCAGGAGUGUGACGCAGGAGGAGAAGCGUCCGCGUGUGAGGAGGAGAGGAGGUCAGAGUGUGUUGGAGGAGGAGUCCUUCCAGAGAGUGCAGGAGGAGGAGGCGGUCACGUGUGAGGCGCGGGCGGCAGGCGCGGCAGAGUGUGAGCAGAGGAGGAGGAGGUCAGAGCGUGAGCCGGCGGCACGGCGAGGUCCGCGUGUGAUGGAGGAGAUGGAGGUCAGCGUGUGUGGAGGAGGCGGAGGCGGUUACCAGAGCGUGAGCAGGAGGAGAGCGACCAGAGUGUGUGGCGGAGAGAGGAGGUCCAAGUGUGUGAGAGCGGAGGAGGUUCAGAGUGUGAGCAGGAGGAGGAGGAAUCAGCGUGAUAGUGGCGGAGGAGGCGGAUAG